UUAGCCUAGAUGAAUCUGCAGCAGAAUCUGGUUCAGAUGUGCAUGGUAACUACAGCCAGGAUGCUGAAGCAGUGGAACCUGGUCUUCCUGGUAACUUCAGCCUUGAUGAAUCUGCAGCAGAAUCUGGUUCAGAUGUGCAUGGUAACUACAGCCAGGAUGCUGAAGCAGUGGAAUCCUGCUCUUCCUGGUAACUUCAGCCUUGAUGAAUCUGCAGCAGAAUCUGGUUCAGAUGUGCAUGGUAACUUCAGCCAGGAUGCUGAAGCUGAGAAGCCCAGUUCUGGCCCCUUUCAUGAACUUAAUACCCACCUUGUAAUUCUGCCUGGCAGCCAGGAGUCAGAAUCGGAUGAGGAAUCUGCUGACACUUCUCAUGAGUCCAAACCUAGCCUUAUCAUUGUGUAUGGUAACUUCAGUGACAAUGACAACUUGGAGAUUUUUGUUAAUGGCUCUGACAGUUCUGAUGUUGGGUUACCUUAAUAAAGUUUUAUGUGGAAUUGAA